AUGCUUGGAAAAACAAAGACUCUCUGCCUUUUGGCAAUCUGCCUCCUCGCCGACAGCGCACAAUCCCUUGCCACACCUCCUAAUCUCAACAAUCUCGAGCCCAGACAGGAGCCCAGGUACAAGGCAGUUGCGGCCAUUGCCCAGAAACGCCGCAAUGACGCGCUCAACGCCUUCAUGCCCAUGCCUGCUGUCAACCAGACUGAACUCGGCAACGAUGUUCGUCCCUAUCUCCUGACUUCGGGCUUGUUGAGCAAGGACGAGAUCAAGAUCAUCAAACUUGAUGCUAAGGCUUUGGUCCGAAAAAUGAGGAAUCAGGCUCUGACCUCGGUGCAAGUGACAACGGCGUUCUGCAAAGCCACCGUCAUUGCGCAGAACUUGACAAACUGCGUGACUGAAGUCUUGUUCAAAGAGGCCUUGGAGAGAGCUAAAUUUCUCGACGAGCACCUCAACAGAACUGGAGAGCCACUUGGUCCGCUCCACGGACUGCCAAUCUCUCUCAAGGACACCUUUGUCACGCCAUCUCACCCCUCCUCCAUUGGCUUUGCUGCUUUCGCCAACGAGCCAACCGCCAACAAGUCCGUGAUUGUUGACAUGCUCGAAAACCUGGGUGCCGUCCUCUACGUGAAGACCAACGUUCCCACCGCCAUGUUGAUGGGUGAAACUAUCAACAACGUCUGGGGCGAGACAGUAAACCCUAUUCACAAGAAACUUACUCCUGGCGGUUCUUCUGGCGGUGAAGGUGCCAUUGGAGCCAUGCGCGCUUCUCCAUUGGGUGUUGGCACCGAUGUUGGCGGUAGUAUCCGUAUCCCUAGCGCCUACACCCACUUGUACGGCCUAAAACCUUCUCUUGGACGUUUCCCCACGUGGGGAGCUAAGCCAGCUAUUGCCGGUCAAGAUAUCAUCUACUCCGUUUCUGGACCCAUGUCCCAUUCACUAGAGGCGGUUAAGCUUUUCGCUGAAGCCGUUCUUUCCGAAGAAGCUGCCCCCUGGACCCUUGACCCGAAGAUGAACCCGAUGCCCUGGAGAAGGAGAGUGCUCCCCGACGGCGCCAAGCUCAAGUUUGGUAUCCUGCCUUGCAACGAUGGUAUCGUAACGUGCCACCCGCCAGUUGAAAGAGCUUUGAAGAUUACUGCCAAGGCCUUGAAGGAUGCUGGCCAUGAGGUUGUCGACUGGGCUCCGGUCAAUCCCCAGGGCGUAGAAGCUCUCACCACUCAGGUUUUCACUCUGACCGGCUCCGACGCUGUCCUGCCCCUGCUCAAGGCGUAUGACGAGCCCUUGUUGGGUGUCCUGAAGCUCUUGUUCCCUGGUGGCGAAACCGUUCCACAGCUUACCCCUGCAAAACUCCGUGAACUCAUUAUCAACCGCAAUCAGCUCCAGAAGGACAAUCUGGACCAGUGGAGAGCGACUGGGGUUGAUGGCGUCAUUGCACCUGCGAAUGUCCCUGCUGCAGCCCGCCUGCAGAUGGAUCCCCAGAAGGUGUAUGGAGGUUUCACUGGUUUUGGUAACGUUAUGGAUCUUACCGGAUGCACAUUCCCCGUUACCUACGCUGAUAAGAACCUGGAUCCCAAGAGAGGAUCGGACUGGGUUCCCAAUGGCUUGAGAGACGAGUUUGUCCAGAGUGACUAUGACCCCGUGUUCUGGGACGGUGCUCCCGUCGGGCUCCAGGUGAUUGGCCAGAGACUGGAAGAAGAGAAGGUGCUCGAGAUGACCGAGAUCAUUGCCAACGCGGUCCAGUUCAAGGACCGGGUGUACGGAUAA